GAGCCUUUCGGUUUUUCUCUGUCUUCAUGUGUGUUUGUUAUAGAGACCCUGCCUUGUCGGGGCAGCACACUUGGGACGCGAGGAGGAGGAGUUGGUGAGCGAACUCGGGAUCAGUGGGUGACCGCAGAGUUCUUGCUUCUUCCUCUUGGAGGAGGAGGGCUGCAGCCUGCAGGGGCCGGAGAGAGCAGGAGGAGGCGGAGACAUGGGUAGCUUCGCUAAGCUGGCGAGGAGGGCGGUGGAGACGGACGCUCCGGUCAUGGUGAAGAUACAAGAACUGCUCCGAGGGGCCAAGGAUGUGAUGUCGCUUGCGCAGGGAGUUGUUUACUGGCAACCUCCCGAGUCAGCUAUGGAUAAGAUCGAAAAGAUCAUCAGGGAACCAAUAGUCAGUAAAUAUGGUUCUGAUGAUGGGCUUCCUGAGCUUCGAGAAGCACUUCUCGAAAAGCUAAGCAGAGAGAAUAAGCUUACCAAAUCAUCAGUCAUGGUCACUGCUGGUGCAAAUCAGGCUUUUGUGAACUUGGUCCUCACUCUCUGUGAUGCUGGUGAUUCCGUUGUCAUGUUUGCACCGUAUUAUUUCAAUGCCUACAUGUCAUUCCAGAUGACAGGUGUUACUGACAUAUUAGUUGGUGGCUGCGAUCCCAAGACACUUCAUCCUGAUGUUGAUUGGUUGGAGAAGGUUCUGAAAGAAAAUGAGCCUAUCCCUAAACUUGUCACUGUUGUGAAUCCGGGGAACCCCUCUGGAGCUUUUAUUCCAAGGCCUAUGCUUGAGAGGAUUUCAGAUCUGUGCAAAAAUGCUGGUGCAUGGCUUGUGGUUGACAAUACCUAUGAGUACUUUAUGUAUGAUGGAAUGGAGCACUACUGCUUAGAAGAUGCUCAUAUUGUCAACCUCUUCUCGUUCUCAAAGGCUUAUGGAAUGAUGGGGUGGCGUGUAGGAUACAUUGCAUUUCCAAAUGAAGCUGAUGGCUUCCACGAUCAGCUCCUCAAGGUGCAAGACAACAUACCGAUCUGCGCCUCCAUCAUCGGGCAGCGCCUGGCGCUCUACUCGCUGGAGGCCGGCCCCGAGUGGAUCAAAGAACGGGUGAAAGACCUGGUGAAAAACCGGGCGCUGCUGGUGGAGGCGCUGUCCCCGCUCGGCGAGGACAACGUCAAGGGCGGGGAGGGCGCCAUCUACCUCUGGGCAAAGCUACCGGACAGCUGCUCGGACGACUUCGAGGCUGUCAGGUGGCUCGCGAACAAGCACGGCGUCGCCGUGAUCCCCGGGAGCGCCAGCGGAGGACCCGGGUACAUCCGCGUCUCCUUCGGAGGGCUCAAGGAAGAAGACACCAGGCUGGCUGCUGAGAGGCUCAGGCGCGGCCUGCAGGAGCUGGUGACCGAUGGAAUGGUACAGUGACGGCUCCAUGGGUGUAAGUAAAAGCUCCAAUUUUCCAACGGUGUAAUUCCGCCGUGAUUAAUUCGGGAGAAGAAAAGGAACUUGUUUUCAAGAAUGCACUGCGUUGCUCGGACGAGAGACGGGACGGAAUAAAAUGCGUCUGGUCUGCAGAGUCACCUAUGUUAUGAAUCAUAUGUAGUGCAUAUGUCAUGAGUGACAGAGUGAGUAAUUGUUUCUGU